AUGGCUGGGAAUAUCUUGCGUAUAUUGGUCUUAGCACCCAAAGAAAAACGGAAAGGCUCACGAAUUUCCAAGCCAAUUACCAUUCAUCCACAUACAAAUCCUCUUUUGUGCCCGGUUGAAGCCUUUGCCGCUUAUCGUCAACGGUUCGCUUCAAGCCCUUGUAUGGUUCCACACCCGGCGUUCCCACAUAUCAAGAUCAAUGCUCUCUUUCGAUCCUUACAAGAUCACAAUGCUGCUAUCGGUGUAGAACGUAUAUCCAAGCAUAUCAGAACUAUCAUGGAGCAUGUAGGUCGUGCGCCUGAAGCACCUUUGCCAAAGGCACGCGCAUUAGGGGCAACACUUGCAGCUCAGGCAGGCGUCGCCGUAGACGACACCGUGGUGCAUGGAAACUGGUCCAGUAAGGUUCUCUUCGAAGAAUCUGCCGUAUCUCAGUCACUACCAACAAUAAUUUUACGGCUAGUACUCUGGAUUCUCAACAAAGAUCCUGAGCUCGAAGUAUAA